AUGGGGUGGAGGGAAAGUACUCUCUCCAUUGCCGGAAAAGAGACCAUCCUUAAAGCUGUGGCAAAGGCUAUCCCCACAUAUUCUAUGAUGUGUUUCAGAUUCCCCACAAGUCUCUGCAAAGAUAUUAACAGUGAUAUGGCAAAAUUUUGGUGGCAUAACACCCAAUCCAAUACUGGAAUUCAUUGGAAAUCUUGGAAGCACUUGUGCCAAAGUAAGCAACAGGGUGGCUUGGGUUUCAGAGAUCUAGCAGAACUCAACUUAGCUUUGCUAGGUAAACAGAGUUGGCAAAUUUUGAAUAAUCCAAAUGCUUACUGGGUGCGAGUUUUAAAGGUCCGUUUCUUUCCAUCAGUAGAAGACUUCUGGCAAGCCAAGGUUGGCCAUCGAGCUUCGUGGGCUUGGGCAAGCUUAAUUGCUAGGCGUGAUUUUCUAAUCUCCAAGGCAAGAAAACAGAUCUUUAGUGGAAAUGAUACAUGCAUAUGGAAUGAUCGAUGGCUCCCCCUUCCACAUGUGGGUUUUAUUCAGGCCACAUGCCAAAUUCCUGAUACUGCUCCCCAGUUAGUUUGUGAUAUCAUGGAUUCUCACAAUCGUGCUUGGAACCUUGAUGAUAUUAGACCCUUCAUUGAUCAAAACACUUUAGAGACAAUCAAAAAAAUCCCAAUUGGUGUUACAUCUUCGGCCUACCGUUUCAUUUGGCCUUGGAGUAGUGAUGGUCACUACUCUGUCAAAUCUGGAUACCAUUACUUGCACUCUGAGACAAUGUCUAUCUCCACCCUUCCAGCUAACUCCUCCCACCGUGUGCACCCUUUGGUGUGGAAAGGGAUUUGGAAGAUUAAAACCCUGCUAAAAAUCAAAUUCUUCUGCUAG